UGCAUUUGCGCUGGAGCUAGCCAGCAGUGCUUCGCUCUGUCUCUCUCACUGGGUGUCAUGGAGAGCCAGGUGGCGCGGUGCAAGAUCGUGGUGGUGGGCGACAGCCAGUGCGGCAAGACAGCGCUGCUCCACGUCUUUGCCAAGGACACCUACCCAGAGAACUAUGUCCCCACUGUGUUUGAGAACUACACUGCCAGCUUUGAGAUCGACAAGCAGCGCAUUGAACUCAACAUGUGGGACACAUCGGGUUCAACAUACUACGACAAUGUCCGCCCACUGGCCUAUCCUGAUUCAGAUGCUGUCCUAAUCUGUUUUGACAUUAGCCGUCCUGAGACCCUAGACAGUGUCCUUAAAAAGUGGCAGGGGGAGACACAGGAGUUCUGCCCUGGUGCCAAGGUGGUGCUAGUUGGUUGCAAACUGGAUAUGCGCACCGAUCUAAACACAUUACGAGAACUCUCCAAACAGCGCCUUAUACCCGUCACACAUGAACAGGGCAGUAUGCUGGCUCGGCAGUUGGGCGCGGUGGCCUACGUGGAGUGUUCUUCCAAGGCGUCCGAGAACAGCGUGCGGGACGUUUUUCAUGUGACCACCCUGGCCUCUGUCAACCGUGUUCACAAACACCUCAAGCGCAGCAACUCAAAGCGAGGGCUGAAGCGGGUGGCACAGAUACCCGGGCGGACAGACUUGUUGACUGACUCUGAGAUCCGCAAGGACCGGGCCAAGAGCUGCUCAGUGAUGUGAGAGAGGAGAAGACCCCGGAGGGACUGAAGUAUAAUGUUGCCUGUCUUGUUCAUAUCUCUUUGUACAGUAACUGGCCCCAGAGUGGUCCUGCAGGCCACAUUCCUGAAGAUGUAGGUCUGAAACAAUUAAGCCCUCCCUUGAAAUGAGUAGGUUGGAUAGGGAGGGAUCUGCCUGAAGUUGCUGUGUGUAUAGGGAGGACUUCUGAAUGGGCUAGUGUUGCACAGGACAUAGAAAUGCUCAGGUAGCAGACAUAUAUCCUCCAAAGAAAGGAGCACAUCAGUGUAUGUGGCACAGCAGGGGUUAAAUACUUCAAAUCCUCUGAAGAGUUAUUAUUUUGGAGCUAGUUUCACAAGCAUAGAUGUCCAGGCAACCGGGUGUCUGGUAUUUUUGCAGCCAUGGUGUGCGGCAGUUGGGCCACACACAUAGCAUGUGUGUGCCUGUGUGUGUGUGUGUGUUUGUGUCAUGUAUGCACAGGUAAGGUGUGGAGUCGGCGCUCAUGUUUGAGGCGAGUCAUAGAAUAAAAAUAGAAUAAAAGAAUUGUGGAAGGUUUAUAGGAGACGGUAAUAAUUUGAGUAGAUAAAAAGUGGUGUCAAUUUGGCAGAGUAGGAUAUUGGGAUUUGGCUAUUUGGUGUUUUGUCAGGGAUUGCUUAAAAUGCACUUAAGAUACUCAGAUAACAGGGCGAUUUUGAGCGCUUGAAACAGUUUUGGUUUCUUGAAGCUGCACUUCCCAGAAUCCGCUCAACCUGGAUAGCUAUUGGCUGGGAGAUUCUGAAAGUUAUAGUCCAAAAAUAACAUUUCUCUGGCCAUUUUACUAUCUGAGAGACAAUAUAAAUGGGACACUGCCUGGAGGGUAGUUAAACUUUUUUUUUGCAAAUAGAUGGUGCUUCUAACCCCUCCCUCCCCUCAUGACACCUAGGCCGCUGAGAAGCCAUAUCUGCUGGAACCAUUCCCUCUUUCCCUGUUCCAUUGGCAGCACACCCAGUCCCACACUCUGAUGCCUUAUGUUUGGUUGCAUGGCACCUGUGUGUGCCUUGCUGGCUUCCUAUGAAGCAAAAGGGGGCCGUUUACCAGUCCAGACCCAUUCCAGCACCACGGGAGGAGGCCAUUGUCCCUUCUGCUUCUUUGUCCCUCUCAAACACAGUUCUGGUGAUGCAGAAAUGCAAGCCUGUUCUAAAGAACUGUCCCAGUGACUGACCCAGGUGGUAAAUUAACCAUGAAAUUACAAGCCAGAAAGUUUUGGCAAUGCAUGACUGUUUCAUCUUUUAAUUCACAGUGCUGCUGCUGCUGCUGUGUGUGUGUGUGUGUAUGGUAUGUUGUGUAUUUUCUUUGUACCAAAGAAGACUCCUUUGGAGAUAUGGGGAAAGCUUUUUUCCCCUCAAACACACUUGCUACCUGCUGAGGAUGCUUUAGCUGGAGAUCCUGCACUGAGCAAGGGCUUGGACUAUAUGACCCAUGAGACCCCUUCCAACUCCAUGGUUCUAUGAUUCUGGGACUCUGUUUGAAGUCCUCCUAGGAUAGGUUUGAGCACAGCAACUCCAUUGUCUUGGUUUUUAAGCAAGAGCUGAAGUAACCAGACUUGUCACUGGUAACUGGCCCUACCACUCUGGGACCUCAGGAGCCAGGACAUAAUUAUUUGAUGCUGUGGAAAUGCAGCCAUGUAAAUUCCUCUUGAGAUUAUUUAGAAAGAUGUGUUGGUAGGCAGUUGCCCAAGUAUGUGUGCUUAUAUGUGUAUGUGUGUCUGUGUUGGAUGGAAACCAUGGAGUAACAAAUCACCUUAAAGUUUAUUAAGGAGCCUAGCAGACCAGAGAGGCCAAGCCAGUAAUUGCUGUCAAUGGACAAAUCUGUGAUGAGUGGAGCAGGCAGAAAUAGCUGCUGGUUAUCAGCACAGGACCUGAAAAUGAACUGAGUUCACAAGAUCAAGCAAUCUUGUUCUUAAUGAGAAAGAAUGUUUCAAAGGAAUUUGAUCAGGUAUCCUAAUGGACCUGGGAAGGCUGUAUUUAAAGAAGGAGUCUCACCCUGAAACGAUGGCCCUUCCACUUGGACCAUGAACAUCAGUAGCAUCAGUUAAAGCCCUUGAUGGAUAAAGUGCAUUUUUCCAAAAAGAGAAACUGGUUAAGUUUCACCACUACUCUACUUUCUCCUCCCUCUUGAUGCUUUCUCGAGAACUCUUUUGUGCAGCCAGUACAUUUGGUAAAAUACUACAAAGUGGUAGUUGGUUUUCAUUUCUGGCCUGGAAUGCCCUCUUGAGCAGCCAUCGGUCCUACUGUGGUGGGAAAAAAAAAGCACUCUCCGUGUGUUUGUUAUAAUCUGAGCUGAUCCAGGCCCAAGACCUAGCAUUAAAAAGAGAUCUUGGGGCAGAGAUCUUCCCCCAGGUAAGCUCUGAGCAGUGAAGGGACGUGAAGGCUUUUGGCAAUGGAGAACCCUUGCAUCAGACAAAUAGGAAAUUACAUCUUGUGUGCUGAAUACAGUAGCUUUAGAUCAGCUUUCCCCAACCUAGUGUUGGCCCAAAACUCCCAUCAUCCCACCUGCUCCCCUCCACAUCCCUGUAUUUGCAUACCCAGAGAUUGUGUCUUCUGACUUCUCUCUUUCAGAUUGAACCACAGUAGAUGGUUUGCCUUCUCUCAGAAUGGCCUGUUUGGUGCCCCUGCAUCCCUGGUUUCACACACAGGAUUAUCAGAGGCUGCUUGUUCAGCCUGUCUGCCCCAAAUGGCCCAAUUGUUCAAAUGCUGGGUUUGAGCACAGCAACACCAUUGUCUUGGCUUUUAAGCCAGAGCUGAGCAGCAGCUGGUGUUCUGGCAUUCCUCUUCUUAAGCAUGAACUCCGUCUGGGAUUUGGACACAGGUUAUUUCAGGCUACGGUCAAGUGCGAUUCAACUAGAGGUGUCAAUCUUUGUUUCUUCCAUACCUAAGCAUAUCUGAUCUUUUUUUCCUUUAAGUGUGUGUUUGAGACAGGGAGAAAGAUGGUGUGGAAGGGAACUUGGAAUUAUAUUUCCUCUGACACGGAAGACUUUAUUUCCUGAACCGUUGUAAGGUGAGGGGGGGGGGGGGAAGAGAGAGACUGCCAGGAAAAUUUGUGGAUCACUAAAAUGAGGGGAACAUGUAAACACCCCACCAUGUUGAGGAAUCCAUCACCCUUCAUUAUUGGCCAGGUUGCCUGGGGCUGAUGGAAACUGGAGUCCUUACAACAACCACAAUUCUGAAUAACCUGUUGCUCCCAUCUGAAAACCCUGAUUUUGGUGGUGUUUGAAAAACACAUUAACUGAGAACUGGGAGAGCUUCUCUCCGUGCAUGCAUUAUUGUACAUGCGCAUGUGCAUGUACAAUGCGCGCGCACACACACAUCUCCCAGCAAUGCACAUUGUUAAUGCUAAUUUGAUAGGUGUUGGCAGUUAUAAAGUAUUGUGCUGUGUGCGGGAGAAAAACAGGUCAUUCAUUUGGCAUGAUUUGCCUGCUAAACCACAUAGUUCCUCAGAGUUUAAGUAUUUCGUCAUCAGCACUGCAGUAUUAGUAUUGAGCUUCUAAUACAUAAAUUAUCUUCCCUGCUGAGAUUUAAAAAAACUUAUUAAAAGAAUGAUUCUUCCUUAUUGAGUUAUAUGUUCCCUCCUUAUUCCUCAAUAGCUUCUUAAUGCUGUUUUAUAUUCAGUUUGUGCUCCAAAUCUGGAUGCAAUUGAGACUGAAAGAGCUACACAUUUGCCAGAUCUUCUACUUUCUGUCUCUUUCUUUUUGGUUUCUAAAUUACUGAAAACAUCUUUCUGUAGACAGGUUCCAAAAUUAGUUUAGUUUAUUCAAAACUGACGUAGAUGUUUUUUUCAACAGCAGUAAGUGUGGAUAGUAGCAUAACUGUGUGGUCAACGUCCACCAGAAGUCAUGCUGGAGAACCUAGAUUUUUCUAGGCAUUUGUAGUUCCCCCAACACAAUUCUGUGGUGAGCUUCUGGCAGGUGUUGACGAUAUUGUUGCU